CCACCCCUGCCCGCUAUUAUUUCCCUUUCAACACUAUAAAUACCCAAUUUCCCCUCCAUUCCCGGUCAGUUCUUUCUUUCUGCCCGCCCCCUUCCUUCACACUUCCUUGAACGAUCAAACCAGAAAAUCUUUCUUCUUUCUCUCUUUCUUUUUCCCUUUAUUUCCCAGCUAUGAGUCUCUUUGGGCUUGGCAGGAACCAGAGGACGUUCCGCCCCAAAAAAAGUGCACCCUCGGGAAGUAAGGGGGCACAGCUGAGAAAGCACAUUGAUGCUACUUUAGGUAGUGGAAACCUGAGAGAAGCUGUAAGGUUGCCACCAGGAGAAGAUAUUAACGAAUGGCUUGCUGUUAACACUGUAGAUUUCUUCAACCAGGUGAAUCUGCUUUAUGGCACUCUUACAGAAUUCUGUACGCCAGAGAAUUGCCAAACAAUGACCGCUGGCCCUAAGUAUGAGUAUAGAUGGGCUGAUGGUGUACAGAUCAAGAAACCUAUUGAAGUUUCAGCGCCAAAGUAUGUUGAGUACCUCAUGGACUGGAUUGAAUCUCAGUUGGAUGAUGAGUCCCUAUUUCCUCAAAAGCUUGGUGCACCAUUUCCUGCCAACUUCAAGGAUGUGGUGAAGACAAUAUUCAAACGCCUGUUCCGUGUAUAUGCACAUAUUUAUCACUCUCAUUUUCAGAAGAUUGUGAGUCUUAAGGAGGAGGCGCAUCUAAAUACUUGCUUCAAACAUUUCAUUCUUUUUACUCAUGAAUUUCAGCUGAUUGACAAGAAGGAGCUGGCUCCUCUUCAUGAGCUUAUAGAGUCCAUUAUUGUCCCUUACUGAACAUUUUUUACAUUUUGUCUGUUAAACUGACUUUGCUUAUGGAAACAGUGAUACUUCUAUGUUGAGAAUGUGAAAUAGUGUUGUCUUAAUACAUAAUGAGAAUUGGGUAUCUGCUGUAUCA